AAUAUAUUUAAUCCUUUUCUCAAUGAAAAUAUGACACCAUAAGUAAAACUCUGAUACCAAAACCGACCCUGAAUUGUUCUUCGUCUGUCAGAUUUCCGAUUCCGUUACAAUCCAUCCAUGCAGUGAUUGGCAGUGAUUGUCAGAUUCAGAUUUCAAAAGUCAAAUUUUUUAUUUAAACCAAUGGUAAAAAGUACUCGUUCUAGUCAAAAGGCCAAGGAUGAAGAAAAUAAUAAUGGGAGGGUGACCCGAAGCAGCGAGAAAGCAAAAAUCAAAGCACAUCCCAAUGUAUCGGAUACAGCUGGUAUUAGAAAGUCUUCUAGAGAAAAACCAUCAAAGAUAAUUGCAACCUCUUCAAGUACUCAGAAGUCUGAGCAAGUAGAGAAGGGAACACUGCCAGCUCCUGAAACCAGAAGGAAGUCUGUAAGGGUUGAGAAAAUGAAAACGCCAAGUCCUUUGACGAGAUCUGGCAAAACUAGGAAUCAUUCUUUUUCUGGUCCUUCAGAUUCUAAAAGUGCAGGGUCUCUUGGUUCAAUUUCAAGACAGAAGCUACAAAAAGAGAAGAGUGUGAAACAUUUGACAUUUGAAGCCAAGGAAGUGAAUGAAAAUGAGGAACACAACCGGGAAAGUUCCCAGGUGAAAAGAAAGAAAAUGACCGCCCUGAUGUAUCGGUCUCUCUUUACACAACCAAAGAAAGAUUGCCUUGGGAAUUCUGAUAAUAAUAGCAAGUCAAAUCAGGAAGGUGACAACAGUAGUGGAGCCAAGAUUGACGAGUUAUCUAAAGGAAGUUGUUCAGAUAACAAAGAAGUAUCAAAGAACGGUACACUGCCAUCGGAAGAUGCCAGAGCAAAAGAGACCACAGUUGACUCUAGGAUUGGCGAUAAAAGCAAAGGUGACAAUAGUAGUGGAGCCAAGAUUGAUGAGUUGUCUAAAGGAAGUUGUUCAGACAAUGAAGAAGUCUCGAAGAAUGGUACACUUCCAUUCAAAGAUGGGAAAGCAAAAGAAACCAGAGUUGACUCUAGGACUGACGAGCCAAGGUGCCAAAGCAAAGGUGACAAUAGUAGUGGAGCCAAGAUUGAUGAGUUGUCUAAAGGAAGUUGUUCAGACAAUGAAGAAGUCUCAAAGAAUGGUACACUUCCAUUCGAAGAUGGGAAAGCAAAAGAAACCAGAGUUGACUCUAGGACCGACGAGCCAAGAUGCCAAAGCAAAGCUGACAACAGUAUUGGAGCCAAGAUUGAUGAGUUAUCUAAAGGAAGUUGUUCAGAUAAUAAAGAAGUCUCAAAGAAUGGUACACUGACAUCUGAAGAUGCCAAAGCAAAAGAGACCAGAGUUAACUCUAGGUUGAGUGGGCCUAUGACAGAUUUAGCAGAAAAUUGUGCGACUCCCGGUUCAUUUAUACCAUCUAAUACCCCAACUUAUGAGACUAGUGUGGUACCCAGAAGAGUACAGCCUGAUUGCUGCGGAGAGGAGACAUUACCAACAUUAGUGUCAGGAGAUUCUGUAUUCGAUGAUGAUGACUUGGUCAAUAACAAUGCUGGUCUUGGUGGGGGUGAAAAAUUAGCACCUUCUAAGAGAAAGGCAAUCACAAUGGACAUUGAUUCAAAUGUUCCUUCCUCAUUAUCUAAAGGAGACAGCAGCAACUUGAUCCCUGAUGCUCUCCCUUCAAAACUAGGUGGCAACGAGUCAUGUUCCAAACGAAUAAGGUUGGAUUUUAAUCCUACAGUCGAGGAGUCGCGUGACCCAUGUGCAACUGAGGACAUAGAUGUCAUUGAGGCAACCAUGCAGCAGAAGGAUAAGAGCGACCACGCAAGUGGAACUGGACACCUUAAGGGUACCACUGUGGAAGACAAAAAUAUUCAUGCUCUUCUUGAUAGUCAAAGUGUUGUUCAUCCGAAGGAGAAAGUGUCAAGUCAUAUUGCAAAUAGAUGCAAGUCGGACUCCUAUAAGUUGGUUGAGUAUUGGGUUCCUGUACAGAUAUCUAAUGUGCAGCUUGAGCAGUAUUGUAAUACUUUACUUUCAAAUGCUUCAUUUCUUUGCUCGUCGCCAAAGAUUGAUAGUGUUGGGGCCAUCCGUGAUGUCCUUAUUUCAAUCCGUAAGUGUUGUAAUCAUCCCUAUAUUAUUGAAGAAUCCCUGCAACCUUUACUACUAAAGGGCAUUGAAGAAGUUGAGUAUCCGAGUCAAAAAGAAAAAGCCGUUGCAUAUCUGAAUGUUGGAAUAAAAGCAAGUAGCAAGCUUCAACUACUUGAUUCAAUGCUCACAGAGUUGAGAAAAAAUAAAUUAAGGGCACUCAUACUUUUUCAGCCAAUUGGAGUUUCUGGAAAGACUUCAAUAGUAGAUAUUUUGGAUGACUUCCUGCGACAAAGAUUUGGCGAAGAUUCGUAUGAAAGAAUUGAUAAUUGUCUUACGGCUUCCAAGAAGCAAGCUGCAACGAAGAUAUUUAACGACAAGAAUAACAAGCGAUUUUUCUUUUUGAUGGAAACAAGUGCCUGCCAUCCUAGCAUAAAAUUGUCAUCAAUUGACGCCAUUAUUAUAUUUGACAGUGACUGGAACCCGAUGAAUGAUAUAAGAUCCCUUCAGAAGUUGACACUUGAUUCACAGUUUGAAUCGAUCAAAACAUUCCGUUUAUAUUCACCUUUCACUGUUGAAGAGAAAGCUUUGAUUCUCUCUAGGCAAGGUAAGACCCUGGACAUCAACUGUCCAUCUUCAAGCCGGGGUCUCAGUCAUACUCUCUUGAUGUGGGGCGCAGUUCAUCUUUUUGACGAGUUGAGAGUUUUCCAUGACGGUGCAACUUCCACGUCAAAUCUAAAACCACUGCUGGAAGAAACAGUUUCACAGUUCUCAUCCUGUCUAGCUGAUGUUGGUGAAGAUUCUGACACAAGCAACUGCUCAAUUUUAUUGAAAGUCCAGCAACAUGGAGGAGCCUACCUUGCAAAUUCUCCUUUGUUUGGUGAGCUGGAAUUUAGGUCGCCGGAUGAAGAGUCACCACAAAAGUUUUGGAAUAAUCUGUUGGUGGGGAGACAGUUUCAAUGGAAGUACUCAUGUGGUUCAACUCAGCGGAGCCGGAGGAGAGUUCAGCCUUUUAAUAAUUUGGCAGGUGGGACCGACCUUGUGAAUGAAGGCACAACAAAGAAGCGCUUGAAAGUAAGCAACAAUAAUGUUGAUCAGCCUUCAUCAAAAUCUGUAGGUGAAAAGUUACCCAAUGGAAUCAAGGCAGGAACCUUUGUAGAUCUAGUGGAUAAACCUCAGGGUAAUGAUGAUGUUGAAUCCGGGAAAAACGGCAGAGUCCAUGAUGAGCUGAGGAGCUUACAUCUUUCGCUGAAGCCACAGAUCACAGAGCUCUGUGAAGUUCUUCUUCUUCCAGAUAAUGUUAGGAAUGUGGUUGACAAUUUUCUUGAGUAUGUUACGAACAAGCAUCAUUUCAAUUGGGAAUCUGUUUCAAUACAGUCUUUUCAAAUAUCUCUGAUCAGGGCUGCUGCUUCUUUGCUAAAUCACAAAGUUGACCAGAAGACUAUUCUUGCUCUUUCAAAAGAACAAUUGAAUUUUGACUGUAAGCAAGCAGAGGUGGACUAUAGUUAUUCUUUUCUGCAGUGUUUGAAGAAAAUCUUUGUAUAUCGUACAGGCACUUAUAAUGAUAAUUCUUCUCCGAAAGUUUGUAAAUCAUUGAACGGAGUUUCAUGUACAGAAGUAGUACAAGAGGUUGAAUUGUUCAAAAAAGAUUUGUCCAAAAGCAUUAAAAAAAUUCAGAAAAAGUUUGUAAAAAUGCUGAACAAGGUACGCCUUAUGUACCAGGAAGAGAAACAUAGGUUGAGGGUGGUGAAUGAGGAUGAAAAGGCUGAAUUGGAGAGAAAAUACAAAAUACAGUUAGCUAUGACUCGAUCCUGCUAUCCUAAUGAGGUAGUAAGAACGGAAACACUCAAUAUUUUGAAUGUUGACCAUCAAAAAAGUAUUGAAGAACUGAAAUGUGAGCAUGAAACAAGACUCAAGGAACUUGAGGACGAACACUCAGAACAUAUUCGAAAGUAUCAAGUCUGGGAAGCAUCUUGGGUGGAAGAAGUGAAGUCUUGGGCAAAGAAUGAAUUACUGAACAUAGUUGCUUCAAAGGGACCUGGGACUGGGAUUGAUUACUUGCAGAUGUGUGAUAAUGUGGUUGAAUCCAUGAUAGAGGCUGGGGCUAUGGUUACUGAAACCAAUUCCCCUUCAGUUGGUAAAACUGUUAAACUACAAAAUUCUCUGGUCAAGCAUGACAGGGCUAAUGAAAUGGACAUUUUGGUUCCAAAUGAUCAACCAAUCUCUGGAAGUGAGGACCAUAAUAUGACUGAAAAUCAAUAUAGUCAGGAAAACAUUAUCUCUAAACAUUCCCAUUCGAGAGAGCAGAAUUCUGAUGGUGCUACAAGCAUGACAGAUGAAACUAAUAGGUCUGAAAAUUUUGGACAUGAGUCUCAAGAUGGUUGUGAGAGGUCUAAUUUAGGUAUCACGAGCUUGCCAGAUUAUGAGAAUGCCACACAUACAGAGCACCAAUGUUCAGAUGGAGUUUCAUCAGGCGUAGAAGGGCAAAUUCCAGUUGAAUUGCAAGAAACUACUGAUAAAGGGGACUCUGUAAGCAUCUCAGAAAGACAGGUACAAGUUGAAAUGCCUGUGACCGACAAUUCUACUGAUUGUCAGCUAGAGAAUGCAAAUCAACUGAACCCGCCUUCAUCUAUGGAUCAAACAUCCGACAAAGUUUCAAUAGAUGUGCCAGUUGUUGAUGGUGUUUUAUCAUCAAAGCCUUGUCAAGCUGUUGGUUUAACCGGUUGUCAAGAUAAAAUUUCCCUUUCAAAUCCACCUUUGGAGCAACAAAUACCUGAUGGAGAUGUUCCUGUUAUGGAGCCAGAAAAUAGUCAUGCAGUUGCUGAGUGUCAUAUGGAGCCUUCAAUAAAUGCUAUGCUGGUAGAUAAUAGUACCACAGAUGACCAGGAGGGAGGAGUACAGGGAAAUGUGACCAGUGCUCCAGUACCUAGACCAGUUAAUGUCAUGGAGCCUCUAGGACAAGGGAAAGAAUUGCCAUCUGUGAAGUCUGCUGCUGACAAGAAUUCAGAUGGGGCUAUGCAAAAUUCUUCGGAACAAGUUCAAGUGGCAUCUAGUUCAGCCGAUGUUGUACCAGCCAAUCAAAUCACAGUGCCUUCAAAGCAGGUGCAUCAAUUAGCUGCUGCAGAGCCAUCUUCCAACUUGGCUCUGUCGGGUUUUUCUACUGUUCAUUUAGCAACUGAAGAUGAACAUCAGCUGAACAGCGUACAUAGUCUCCCCACUCAUCAUUCUGAGCCAACUUCUGUGGUUCCAAACAAAGAUGCUGGGCAGUCACACUCAAACUCGGCACUUGGUUUACAUUCAAAUCAAGUUGCUGUGCACCCUAUCUCAAAUUCUGAUCUUGAUUUGCUUACAGCCAGUAGAGUAAGAGCACAGUGUGGCUACAGAAGAAAUUUGUCAAAUCCUUUGGAGAUGAAUAAUCAUCCAAUUCAAUCUACACCCCCUUCAUCUUCCAGAAGGCUUCAACAUUUGUCCUAUGAUCCGCUGAACAUUGAAUUUGAAAGAAUACAAAAAGUAAUAGAGCAAUCUUCGAAAAACCAUGAAGACACGAAAUUGCGGUUGAAAUCUGAUUUUGAAAAGGAAUUGGCAGAGCUCCGAAGAAAGUAUGAUGUUAAAUUUCAGGAGAUUGAAGUUGAAUUUCAGCAAACAAAGAAGACACUGGAUACAAAUCUUAACACGGUUUAUGUGAAUAAGAUCUUGGCGAACGCUUUUAAGUCUAAAUGUUUGGAUCUUAAAGUAUCUGGUGCAUCAGGAGUGCAGCAUGAUUCACUUCCACAGCAUUUGCAUCAACUUUCGAGACAACAAGCUGCUACUCGUCCAUUCUUGGUUUCUGGUUCUUCUUCCGGUGAGUCUCCUGUGACCAGUCUGCCAAGUCCCUCCAUUGCUCCUAACUCACAGCACAUGCUACCACCUGGUUACAAUAUGUCGGGAACUUUCUCCAGUGCCUCUGCAAGACCACCCCUCAUAAACACUACUAGGUCUUCAAUUGCCCGAGAUAUUCAAGGUGGUGAGAUACGUGCCCCUGCUCCACAUCUCCAUUCUUCUAGACCUUCAAUAUCUGCUCCACCCUCCAGUUUCAAUCCCCUUCAACGUGGGAUUCCAAGUCAGACAGCAGCUAGUAAUCUUCGAGCAACUUCUCCCUCAUAUGCUCAUGUCUCGCCUUGGCAAAGACCGCCAAGCUAUCAGUCUAAUCCACAAAUGGGACGCCGGCCUGACAGUGCAGGCAGGUCAGCCUUACUUGGGAAUUUUAGCAGUCAAUCUACUAAAACGCCCCCAAAUAUUAUUUCACGUUUGUCAGAUGUGGCUCCGGCUAACUUAUCCAGAUCUGGGCCCAAUAGCAGUAGUGUGGUGGCCAACUCGUCACAUCAAGCUGCAUCUCAGAAUUUAGUAUGUUUAUCAGAUGACGAGUGACCAGGGCAAUGUCUUGAAUUUUUAUUUUUACUGGGCUAACUGUUUGCAUUUAAUUAUUGAUAGUAAAAUGUAUAUAGGUAAUCAAGGCAGCUUCAUCUUUAAGCUCAUUGAUAUUCCGAUAUUUAUCUAUCAAAUUAUUAAUUAAUUAAUGAAUGACAGAAGGAAGCACUGUGAAUCGUUAACUGGCUCUGCAGUGAUCUAUACCGUUAUCGUA